ACGUUUCCCAUGAUGCACCGCGCGCAGACCCGGCGGCGGGGACAUUCAAAAUGGCCUCAGACUCGAUGAUCUUCAAAACAAUCUCAAACCCAGAAGAAGAGAAGAAGAAGAAGCUGAACAACAACAAUAAUAACAUCACAGAAGACAGUCAGACCAGGAGGAGACUCUCCUUUACGGCAGGAAGUGACGUUAAACACCAGAACGGAGCGCGUGAAGGCCGAACGUUACAGAAUGUUCCCGACGACUCCGAGUCAAACCGAGCGUCUACGGAAAUGACCGAACAACCUGAAACUGUAAACUCGAGUUUAAAGAUGAAGAAUAACAAAGAAUGGAGAGACUGUUCCUCUGAACCUCGACCUAAUGAAGACCAGGAGAAUGUGGACUUCACUGAAGACAAGGAGAACUCUCCUGAGACCCUCCACAGUCUGACAGAUGACACCAGAGAGGAGGGCACUUCAGGUCAGAGGAACCUGCAGGACGCCAGCGUGACCGCCGGGGAACAACAGACUCCUCACACAGAGGACAGUGACGCAGACGUGGCGAGGAGAGCGCAGCAGGAAGGCCUCGUGAACGUGGUCUUCUCCGGCACCGUGACCCAAGAAGGCUGCUGCCGCUUUGUCAGCGAGAUCCUCAAGUGCAUCCUGUAUCAGAGACAGCAGCUCCCCAUGACGUACGACCAGCUGGUGUACUCUCAGAAGAAGCAGCAAGCGUCCAUGCAGGAUAAAGAUGUAGUGAGUCGGAGGCCGGGGCCGUCUGCAGACAUCGACUCCAGGAAGUGUCAGCAGACCCUUCAGGACCUGGAGGAGGUGCUGCAGCAGCUGGAAGUGCUGUUCUCCCUCAGCAGGGUUCCUCGCGUGUUGCUGCUCAUGGGCGGCUCUCUCGUCCUCCCCAAAGAGCUGUACGAGAUCAACAUGGAGAACCUGGGACUGGCCGCCGGAGACCAGUGCCUGCGCGUCUCCUCGUGCUUGAGGCAGGUCUUCAGGACUCUUUUCGUGGCCGACCUUUUAUCCGACAGCAAACCGGUCCGCUUGAUGCCCACUACGGUCUUAGUGCUGGCUCACAGGGACUGCGGCGUCGGGUGGUUCCGCCCGAAACUACAAUUUAAAGUACCGACACGUGUAAAGAACCAGGUGAUCGCUCUCUCUAGCAGCAGUCAGACUCUGAGGGCGGACGGGACGGACCGGGAGGAUUAUGUGUGGUUUCAGGCGCCGAUGACGAUCAAGGGCUUCGGAAAGUGACCCAGAGAGAAUCCAGCACUCUCUUUUAGGAGCAUGAAUUUUAACAGUCGUUCAGAUCCUUUUUGAACUGUCAAUAUUUUAAUGAAUUAUGGAUUUAAUUUUUAUAACUGUAUUAAAAAGAGUCAUUUUAAACAACAUGUGGUUCAUUGACUUCAGAAAUAAAAGGGAAUUAAGAUGCUUUGUUGGUAUGACAUGAAAUCUGU